AUGGAUGACAAUGAACUGGAGAUACUUGAAAUUAUCCAUCACUUUGUUGAGAUACUAGAUCGCUACUUCGGAAGUGUUUGUGAACUGGAUUUGAUCUUUAAUUUCCACAAGGCUUAUUAUAUAUUAGACGAAAUUCUAAUUGCUGGUGAACUGCAAGAGUCGAGUAAGAAGACUGUUGCACGUCUAAUAGCUGCACAGGAUUCUCUGGUGGAGGCGGCUAAGGAGCAGGAAAAUUCUUUAAGUAAUAUAAUUGCUCAGGCAACAAAAUGA